GUUUGUCCGCUCGACUCGAGGAUGAGAAGCCAGGAUUUCUGCUCAAUAGAAGCAGGGCGAUUCACUUCCACUUCUCUCUCCUCCUCCUCUCAGGCCAUUGCAGCUUGUUGAAUGUGUGUAUUCUUGUAUUCAUCGUUCUGAAACUAACCUGUGUAGCCAAUAGCUGGUUGUGCACUCUAGAUGCUUGAUGAUAUGUCUAACUGAACUUCGGCAUCAAUAUUAGAAGUUUGCGUCAGUCCAUAUCAAGAUGGGAUAAGAAAUGCCAGAAAUUGUUGCAUUUAUGAAUCUGGCAUUAGAACAGGUUAAAAUUGCAUUUGACAAUCUUGAGGUGAGUGUGGGAUGUGUUAUUGUUAUGGAUGGGAAGGUCAUAUCAUGUGGAAGAAAUCGGACUAAUGAAACAAGAAACGCUACAAGACACGCUGAAAUGGAAGCUAUUGAUGUUCUGCUUAAGGCGUGGAAAGAAAAGGGACUUACAAAACAUGAAGUUGUUAAGAUGUUCUCAAAUUGCUCUCUUUAUGUUACAUGUGAACCAUGUAUAAUGUGUGCAUCUGCCUUAUCAUUUAUUGGUAUAAAAGAGGUGUACUAUGGUUGUGCGAAUGAUAAAUUUGGAGGGUGUGGAUCGAUAUUAUCCUUGCAUACGACAACUAUAUCGAAUAGUGGUGAAGAUGUUGGGAGGAAAAGUUACAAAUGCACGGGUGGGAUAAUGGGUAAAGAAGCGGUUUCUCUUUUUAGAAACUUUUAUGAGCUUGGAAACCCUAAUGCCCCAAAACCUCAUCGCCAGCCGAUUCAACAUGACAUUUGA